AUGGCACACUCGGACGAGGACGGCGGAAGCUACCUGAAAGAGGGGAAGGAAGACAGGGCGCCAUCGCAGAGCGACAUCGCGGCGCCCCUGUGUGGCAUCUCAUCUUUCGGCGCCUUCGCGAAUGCCGUUCCACCAGCCAUCGGAGGGGACGAUUGUGACGAUGAGACGCCCAUCAUCAAGAGGCAGCGCACCGACGCGAACAACUCGUGCGAUGGACACAGUGCGAAGAGGAGAAGGCUGGGCGGCGACUCCGAGAACGCCCUUGGCAUGGACAGCGAUCUGCUUGCUUUCGAUCUUGGGCUUCCUGGCUGCAUCGGUUCACAGGGAUUCGGCAGCGACGGCGUCGAUGUGCCGAUUCUUCUCCACCCCCACAUCUCAGAGCUCCAAAAUCGUUUCUUCGACGAUGGCGACGCCGAUGACAGUAGAGUCCUCCACGUGCAGCCGCCCACGGUCAAUGCCAUUCGAAUGAGAGCUAAAGACGGGGAGCACACCCAAACAGGGGUAUUUGUGGAUGCCCACAGCUACGGAAUGCCCGACGGUGUUCAUGGUGUGUUGUUGGGGAACAGCAUGAACGACAGGAAGGAGAGCGACCGGCAGAACCUUUGUGCAGGUGACGGUAUUGAUGGGCAGGGGGUGCCCAUCAGGGUCGCCCCAUCUUGUGCAUGGCUCAACAACAACUUGGACAAAGAGAAGAGGCCCUUUGCGGCGAAACACGUGCCUGUGAGCUACCCGUCUACCGCCUCCUUGAAUGCACCACCGGCUGUCGAGUCUGCACCGCCAUCCACCCCAGACACACCAGACAUGAACAAUGACAGCCAUGUCACGAUGCCUGGCCUCCUCCUGGAGGCAUGCAAGCCCUUCCGGAUGAUUGGGACUUUGGGCGCUGGACUUGUGCGCAAGGAUGCGGACUCUGACUUGGAUGACAGAGUCUUGGUGCCUGUUGACAGGGACCCAGCUCGCACAAAUGGUGCCAUGGCCUUGCCUGUCUGCUCCAGCUCGUGCACAGAGAACGUUGCUGGCAGAUCAGAUGGGGCAGGGCUGCGCGAGCGGUGCAUUGUGAACGUAAAGACGAUCCCACUUUUGGUGGGCUUGGAAGAGGAGCCAAACCCCGCUGGUGCUGGGAAGGACGUCCCUUUGAGGGUUGGUUUUGGGGUGUCCCAGACAGAUGGCGUGAAGUCCAUUGGGGUGUGGAGCUGCCCUGCCAGGAGAAAAACCCAUAACAGUGCACGAAAGAAGGGCCAGUCGUCUGAGACCAUCAGCUCAGAGGUGCCUCCGUUGUCCGGUACGAUUUCCAACCAGUUGGAUGGUGAAGCUAUCUGUGGAGACCAGUCGAUGAUGCAAGGCGGAACAACCACAGGCAAUGCAGAAGUAAUCAACACGACCAAGGUGACUGAGGAAUUGGCGACAAGCUUGAUACAGAUGGACACAGCAUUGAAUGCUGCAAUCAGGAACCAGGAUGCCUACCGGGUGUUGUUGAUUCUGGACCGUUUGGCCAGUCUGCCUCUCGAUUUUGUUCAUCUCAUGGGGUCUGGCAUCGGCCAGACUGUGACAGCACUGCGCAGCUAUCCUCACCCUGAGGUCACCCAGGUUGCAAACUUGAUGGUUAAGCGAUGGCGUUGGAUAGUCCAGCAACACUGGCAGCAAGCCACAGCUUGUGACAAUGGAGCAGGUCGGGAGCUACAGUGUUCCGGGGAGAGACUAGACAAGCAUGCGGCUGUUAGGGGUAUUGCGAUGCGUUUGGAGUCCCUGCUGGAUGACCUUAACGCUGACAGCCAAUUCUAG